AAAAGACUAAAAACAGAGUCUUUACUCUUGAAAAGAAAAAUUCUCCAAACCUGUUUCAACCCUAUCCUCUCAUUUCAUUUCUGGUUUUGACAACAAGUUUUGAGUUGCAAGAAUGACUGUUGAGCAGGAAAUUGAUGAGCAGAAUGAUCAGUUUCCAGUGGGUAUGCGGGUUCUGGCCGUGGAUGAUGACCCAACUUGCCUCAUGCUAUUAGAGACUCUGCUUCGUAAAUGCCAAUACCAUGUUACAACAACCAGUCAAGCAAUCACCGCCCUGAAAAUGUUGCGUGAAAACAGAAACAAGUUUGAUUUAGUUAUCAGUGAUGUUCAUAUGCCAGACAUUGAUGGUUUUAAGCUGCUGGAGCUUGUGGGGCUUGAGAUGGACCUACCUGUUAUAAUGUUAUCAGCCUAUGGAGAUACCAAGCUUGUGAUGAAGGGAAUUUCUCAUGGGGCUUGUGAUUAUUUGUUGAAACCUGUUCGAAUAGAGGAGCUAAAGAACAUCUGGCAACAUGUAAUUAGGAGAAAGAAGUUUGAUGCCAAGGACCAGAAAAAUUCUGACAAGGCUCAUUUUGAGUCUGGUGAAGUAGGAGAAGGGUUCCCUGGAACCGGAGAUUCUGACAAGAGUGGGAAGCUCAAUAGGAAAAGGAAGGACCAGAAUGUCGACGAGGAUGAGGAGCGUGAUGAGAAUGGACAAAAUAUUGAGGAUCCAUCAACCCAGAAGAAACCUCGAGUUGUUUGGUCGGUGGAGCUGCAUCGCAAAUUUGUUGCAGCUGUACAUCAAUUGGGCAUUGACAAGGCUGUGCCUAAAAGAAUUCUAGAGUUGAUGAAUGUGGACAAGCUUAGCAGAGAGAACGUGGCAAGCCAUCUCCAGAAAUAUAGGCUGUAUCUGAAAAGGAUUAGUUGUGUAGCAAGUCAGCAAGCUAGUAUGGUUGCAGCUUUAGGAAGUUCAGAUUCUACUUAUUUACGAAUGAGUUCUUUGAAUGGGCUUGGAGAUCUUCGACCUGCGGCUGGCUCUAGACAAUUUCAGAAUGCUGCUUUCGGAUCCUUCUCACCCAGUAGUGUAAUUGGUAGAUUGAACACUCCGGCUGGUCUGGGUAUGCGUGGCCUUUCUUCUUCAGGAACGGGUCAAUUGGGGUUUACACAAAACUCAAGCAAUCCCAUUAAUGAUCUGGCUAAUUUCCACUCAGUUAUACAAACUGGAAAUCAAAAUGGGAAUAUACUUCAAGGAUUGCCAUUGUCAUUAGGACUUGAUCAACUACAACAUAAUAAGGUUAUUACUCAAAUUGGAGAGCUCAACUCCACUGCUAAUGAUUCCAUGGUUCAUCCCAUUUCCAAUGGCUUCUCGGAUAUGAAAAUAAAUGUUGGUAGCUCAAGAAAUUCCCUUUUGGGUGUUCCUAAUAAUGCCGCAACAUUACAAGGUCACCUUCAAAACAACCAAAGAGCAGGGAUUUUUGGAAAUCAUUCUUCUGUUGCAGAUGUGUCCUUAGAUUCUAAACUUUCUUCUCCCUUGCUGGAUUUUGGUCGAUGUAAUGACAACUGGCCAUCUGCUGUUCAAUCAUCUGAGGUCCAAUCUGAUUCUUUUACAUUAAGACAGUGUUUCAAACAGGCCACUCCAAGUGACUUGAGAGGUGAUGUUUCUUCAAUGGCCAUGCAUAUAAUGACUAAUCCUCGGGAUGUGUCUUCCAUAAUCUCAGUAGUGCCAGAUACAGGAACAGAUUUACCAUCUCGAGCGGAACAAGUUAGCAGUAAUGCUGGUCAGAAUAUGGAUUUUGCCUUAAAGCAAGGGUGGUAUGACCCCAAAGAGGAUGCAGCUCAUCACUCAAACCUUACAUGCAUCUCAAUGAAUUCUUCAAUCUAUCCUGACACUGUGGUAGGUCCAUACAUCCAGAGGUCAGACGCAAGGAAAAAAAAUUGCCAUACAAGUAGUCAUUUAAAUGUGAUUGGACAAUCAAAUUGUCUAGAUCAUCCCUUAGUUAUGCAGCAUAAGGAGGUUGAACAAUCAGUUGUAGAGACAACACUGAAGUCUAACCAAGGUUAUCUAAAGGAGCAAAGGAAGCCUCUGGGAAAUUAUGCUUAUGACAAUGUUGGCUCCUUGGAAGACGUAGUAAGUGCGAUGAUGAAACAGGACUUUCCCAAAAGCAGGACGAGACAUAUUAAAUCUGCGGAUGCUGCUAAGCCUCGUUUGCAAAUUGCUUUCCCUUUGUCUGUUGCUGGUACAGAAAGACACCUAGUGUUCUUGCUUUCCUAG